UGCGAGGGGGGGCUGUGCUCUUCCCAGGUCCCCGACUCGCGCUCCGGCAGCUGCCGCCGCCGCCGCCGCCGCCGCCGCCAUGUUGGCUUGAGGAGCGAUGACAGGAGGCGGCUGCGGCGUAGGGUACUGAAAAGUGGAGGAGGAGGAGGAGGAGGAGAGACAGCUCUGAGAGGAAGCGGUUCCCGGGCUGAGGAGAGGAAGGACCCGGGCUCUUCCGGGGCCCAGCCGAAGUCGGCGUCGCGGGGAGCUCGCGAGGGAGGGGAGGGGAAGGCGGAGCCGGGGGAGGCGGAGGCGAGAGAGGAGCGCCGGGAAGCCGGAGACUAUGUGUCCUGAGCCCCGCGGCUGCCCGGAGGCGCCCGCGGCCUGAGCCCCGACGGGCCGUGGGGUCUCCCGCCGGGCCGAGCGCCCCGCUUUCCCCGCUCGCCGCCCCGGCUCUCCGACCCGGGCUUGCGCUUCGGCUGCCAACGAGUUAAAUGCCCUUGAGCGCGGGUUUCCGCGGCCCGGCUGGCAACGCCGGCCGCGCGAGUUGAGCCGUUUCCCCGCGCCGUCCGCCGGGGAACGCGUCCAUGUGUAGCCACAUAGUUAUCUGUGUACCGCGGCGCCGGGGCAUUCUCCUCCUGCUUAAUGAAGACUCGACUUGGGAGCAAGUGUGAAUCACUGCCGGGCUGGGAAAGGAGGAAGACGAUUUAACCCCCUCCCACCCCGCUCCAUGUCCGUGUGUCACUCAGCUCGGUCCACCUGGCGCGGCCGGUCCUGGGGCUGCUGCUGCUGACGACGACGACGGGGCUGCUACCCCAGGAGUUCCCUCCUGGUCUGGCCACACCGCUCCCGGCGAUUGUUCCUCUUCGCUCGGAACCUCGGCCCGGCCGGCACUUUGGCUCCGAAAGAACUUAUUUUAGGGGGAAGCACAUCUCGAACCAGUCAAGAUCGUGAAGGUUGAUUUCUGUAGCUCGAAGAUUUCUCUUUUUUGUUUGUUGUUGUCUCUUUUUGAUUUUUUUUUUCGGCGUAAACAUCUGGGUAUAGAUAUCAAACGGCAAGAUGUCCAGUAAUGUCCCGGCGGAUAUGAGAAAAAUAAAGCAGGAGGGGGCGUUGGAGAGUGCUGAGAGAGAACUCCUGUGCUGUUCAGUUUUAAAUCAUGCCAUCAGGGGAGAACUCACUAAGACGUCGACAUCUGCACAAGGGUCUGAAGGAGCUACAGCCAUCCAGAUAAACUUGCGCCUCAUCUUGGUAAGCGGGAAAACAAAAGAGUUCCUGUUUUCUCCUAAUGAUUCUGCUUCUGACAUUGCAAAGCAUGUGUAUGACAACUGGCCAAUGGACUGGGAAGAAGAGCAGGUCAGCAGUCCAAACAUUCUACGCCUUAUUUAUCAAGGACGAUUUCUACAUGGAAAUGUCACAUUAGGAGCAUUAAAACUUCCUUUUGGCAAAACAACAGUGAUGCACUUGGUGGCCAGAGAGACACUGCCAGAGCCCAACUCUCAAGGUCAGAGGAAUCGCGAAAAGACUGGAGAGAGUAAUUGCUGUGUGAUCCUGUAAACACUGUCUGCCAGGUGUGGUGUGAUGUAGUCUUCGUCUUUCAUGCUGCUGGGCCAGAGGAGACCCAACGUCGCUUCAGAACCUUUAGGAAGAGUCUGCCUAUAAAUACGUGGACCUGAACUAUCACAUGAACACUGUCAUCUUUUCUCAUGAAAGUAAAAAGAACCAAGAACAUUUUUCACUAUGAUUUUUUAUUUCCAGUAUUUUUGUUUAUGUUGAGCAGUUUUAAAAUGUAUUGAUUUUUGAAUGCAAGUCAAUCUCCAGGGGAAAACUUAACAAGUUACCUUUCAUAGCAGAAACGAUUUUGCUGCCACAAAAAUUUUCAUUACCAGAACUAACAAAAUCAAGUGUUCCAAAUACAGUGUACGCUGAAAAAGAUGGACAGUUAUUUUCUUCAUCAGCAGAAUUUGUAACAUGGUUUAUGGUACCUAGAAAUAUACUCACAUAUACAGUCCACACUGGAAGACACAGCAGUUAAUGAAGUUAAUUACUGGGCUAACAUGAGAGUAAAAAGUGGACAAGAAACUGAAACGUUGGGUGAAUGCUACCAAAGUCAGCCGUGGCGGCUGCACUGGCCCAGAAUCCUACACUGAGCGCGACCGUUCUCACUGCGACAAGUGAAGAGACAAAACGUGCCUCUUGUUGAAAUUACUCAGCAGAGGGGCUGAUGAGAUUAGCUGCUUUUCCUUUAACAUGUGCGCUCCAGUCAGACAGCGACGGAGGGCUGGCUCACAUAGCACAGGAUGGGUGAGGGCUCGCGUCCUAGCCUUAACGCAGGGGUAAAUUCCAGCCACUCGCAGACCUCCGUGAUUGCGCAGAAAUAUUAGAAAACCUCACUUAUUCAUCACUUUUGUGUAUUCGAAUAUCAGCAAAUUGAAUUUUUCCAUAAUUAUUGCUCAUCUCUGUGUCCAGUGUCACAGUUACUCAUUAGAGACCUCAGAUGAAUUCUUAAAAUUAAAAAAUUCUCCAUAGGACUAAUUUUGUUUCUUUAUGUAGUUUGCAUUGGGUAUUAGUGCUUGCAAUUGUAUUAAAGUCAAAAGCUGAUUUUCAAGGCACACUUGAUUAGGGAUGCCAUUGUUUUGUUUUGUACCAAUAAUUUAAAAAUUGAUAUGCUAAAAACAAUUUGCACAGCACUAAAGCAUGAGCUAGUUUCAUCUAAACCUGUAAAAAAUAUAAAAGAUUUUAUAUUUUUUCACUGGGAAGAAAUUCUUCCUGGAUGAAAUUACAAAUACGUGUAGAAUAUAUUUAAUAAAAAACUUAUAAAAUACCUAACUAUAGAACUUAAAUAUAGAUUGGCGUGUAGUAUAUAGAACAAUGUUCCAUAUAAGUAACUUUAGCCUUUAUAAAAAUGAAGCUGCAGGCUGACGUUAUGUCCUGUACUGAAAUGAGUGUCCACGGCCCUUACAAAUAGUAAGUGUAAAUCGUUUCAAACGGUCAGCUUUGUUUAAAGGUAAUCAGGUUAUUUUAUUCAUUGUUAAUGCUUUGACGAAAAGGCUUUAUAUGCAGUAGAUCUACGAAAAUAUUGUUCAUACUGAUCAGAAUUAAAUUUGUAUAGAGCAGAGUUUUAAAAUGAAUGUAAAUAGCACUGAACAUUUUCCUUCUGCAACCUGGACUUAUAGAUCCUUUCUGUAAACUAAAUAAAAAAAAUAUUGUAGUGCAUUUUGGUGGUAAUUUUAAAGGUCUUGAUUAGGUUGAUAAUUGUUUAAGCACUGUCUCAUCCAUGUUAAAAUUGUUCAGUUUUUAUUUCUGAAUCUUUAAAAAAUUUGUUUAAUAUUCUACUGUUAGGUUUGGGACGAAUCCCAGUGUAUCUCUGGUAUUUAACCUGGUUAAUUUGUGCACAGUCACGACAAUGGGUAGAAUUAUGUAGUCCCUGUUAUCACUAAGAUGUUCUAUUCAAGAGAUGUCGAACAUUUAUGUGCUUUGUUGACUAACUCACAUGUGAAUUCUGUUAGUGUGGACUAAAGAAGAAUCUGGUAGUUAAUUGGGCAAUUAAGCCAUUUAUGGCUGUAUUCUUUCCUAAUACAAACUACUGGUAAUUAUUUUUAAUACCUAUUUUAAUUCUAAUUAUUCUUCUGUUUCUCCAAAGUUAAAGACUACAUUUAAUUGUGAUUGAAAUUUUAUGGUUAACCAUAUUCUCUAUUGGUUUUCAAUAUAUUUUUCUGUGUGUUCCCACAUUAUAAAUUUCCCUUCACAAGACCUCAAUUUAGAGUUUGCAAAAUGGAUGAACUGGUUCAUCAGUAGAGAAUUAUGUCUCUCAAUACCUGAUAUCAUUGUUGUGCAAAAUGAAAAGAAGAAUUUGAAAAUUGCAGUAAAAUUAUAUACAGGAAACACCAAAAAUUUAGAUGACUUAAUAGUGUAUACAUGAAAAUACUCAACCAUCCCUUUGAAAAUAGUUCCUUGGACUGCCUGCCGGUUAAAAUUGAUCGAUCAUAUCCCAUUGAAGGUCCCUCUGCCACAAACAGCUUGCUUGCUGAAAGGCGAGAGCCGCAGAGGUCCAGUCCUGUAAAUAAAACCUGAGCUACGGGCCUGUGACCCUGCCCAGCACUUGGUAUUUAACUCAUGUCUUUUACCUAAAUUGUCCUAGACUUGAAGUAUUCUGGAAAAGGCAAAGCUUUUCUUCUUUAUUAAAACCUCAGCAUGUCUCCUUGAUCUGACUUAUUUGGUUCCUCUUCAAGAUAAGUUGUAUCUUAUCAUGAAAAAUGUAGUAUUUAACAUCAUCAUGCACAUUACAUGAGGUUUUCUCAUGACAAACAUCUAUCCUUUGUUUUAUGUCAUCUUGACCAAUGUUACAAUAAUUUCUGUUAGCUGACUGUGGUGAACAAUGUUUAAUGUGAAAAGAAAUUAAAACUUUCUUCAUCUGUUGUAGAAUAUUUCCCUUCUUUUAAGUGACUUCAUAAUUUUGGUGUAGAAAUAUUCUUUGUCUCUACUAUUUUUCUCUUUUUUCCUUCCAUUUAUUUUAUUACAUUCCUCAGUAAAAUCAG